CAGGCAAGCAGGCUGGCAGCUGCCGAGAUCUUCUCUGAGUGCUGGCGCCUCGCUCUCAGAAGCUCCGGAUCCAGGCACGCAAGGACUGCUUUCUCAGCGCCACGAGCUCGGGCUGUGGAGGGAGGGCUCCUGCUUGUCCUCCUCCUCUACAUAUUGGCUUGACUCUGCUCUGACCCCCACCAGUGCUGCGCAGUCUGGGAAAAAAGCAGAAGUAUGGUGAAGCUGAACAGCAACCCUGGAGAGAAGGGAGCCAAGCCGCCUUCAGUGGAGGAUGGCUUCCAGACUGUUCCUCUCAUCACGCCCUUGGAGGUUAAUCAUUUGCAGCUGUCUGCUCCGGAGAAGGUGAUCGUGAAGACAAGAACAGAGUACCAGCCGGAGCAGAGGAGCAAAGGGAAGUUCCGAGUGCCGAAGAUAGCUGAAUUUACGGUCACCAUUCUUGUCAGCCUGGCCCUCGCUUUCCUUGCCUGCAUUGUGUUCCUGGUGGUUUACAAAGCCUUCACCUACGACCACAGCUGUCCUGAAGGAUUUGUCUAUAAGCACAAGCGCUGUAUCCCGGCCUCGCUGGAUGCUUACUACUCGUCCCAGGACCCCAGCUCCAGGAGCCGCUUCUACACAGUCAUCAGCCACUACAGUGUGGCCAAGCAGAGCACUGCACGGGCCAUCGGGCCGUGGCUGUCGGCAGCUGCCGUCAUCCACGAGCCCAAGCCACCCAAGACCCAGGGCCAUUAAGAGGCCUGCCCCAGCUGGGGUGGGGGGU